CUCUCUGUCUUUCUAUAUAUAUGUGCACACAGCCUUGCCUUUUUUACUCCAACCCAAAGCACCUCAUAACUAAAGCAAAAGCUCACUCAAAACAACAAAUAUGGAGUUCAAUGCCAAAACUACUACCACUACUACAAGUACUGCAUCACUUCCACCUCCAUUCUCCUACUCUCCAUCCUCUACUUCUUCUCCCAGUACUUCAUCAUUUCCCUCUCCUAACUCUCAGCACUUAUCUAAUUAUCCUUCUCCUCAUGCUUCUAAUAGUAAUAUUGCUACAAAUCCAUCUCCGACCUCUCCUUCACCGCCACCGCCAACUGUGAUUCUCAGCCCAUGCGCCGCCUGCAAGAUUCUUCGCCGCCGGUGUGCAGAGAAGUGCGUUUUAGCUCCAUACUUCCCUCCUACUGAGCCCCUCAAGUUCACUAUUGCCCACAAAGUCUUUGGAGCUAGCAACAUCAUCAAGCUCUUGCAGGAAAUUCCAGAGUCUCACAGAGCAGAUGCAGUGAGCAGCAUGGUUUACGAAGCCAAUGCUAGAAUUCACGACCCGGUUUAUGGCUGCGCCGGAGCAAUUUUCCAGCUCCAGAAACAAGUCGGUGAGCUCCAAGCUCAACUGGCCAAGACACAGGCAGAGCUAGUGAACAUGCAAUGCCAGCAAGGAAAUUUGAUUGCCCUAAUUUGCAUGGACAUGACAAAGUCUAAAGAACAAGCCACUUUGCAGCAGCAACAGUCUAAUAACAUUGACACAAGCUGUUUUCUGGAUGAAAACAAUUUGGGCACGGCUUGGGAGCCUCUCUGGACAUAAACAGUAAUUUGGACCUUGAUCAUUUCACAUUGGAAAAAAGAUACUUUGAAAAAUUGUCCAAAAAAGUGACCAUCUCUUAAUUAGUUAAUUAAGGUAUAUAGAAAUUAUAUAUAAGCGUUAUGGCGCUUCUAAAAUAAUAACGUUAGUGGUAAACUUUAUAUUUCUCGCCGGGGGUGGGUAUGCAGGAAACAGGAGGGAUGUCUUAUUAUUCUUAGUCUGUGCUGAUUAAUUCUUGUAUGAAAAUCAAAGCAACCUAAUUAUAUACAUAUAUGUGCUGA